AUGCUAUUAGGAGGAUAUGGCGUCGUCUACAAAGCUUUUCAUAAGCAAACUAAAGAGCCGGCGGCAAUAAAAAUGAUUCGCUUGGAGAAACGGGAAGAGGGUAUUCCGGCUACAACCAUGCGUGAAAUAGCAUUGCUCCGUGAAUUGCGUCAUCCAAACAUUAUUAUCCUCCACGGUAUCGUAUUGGAGGAUUAUCGUAUUUACAUGGUUUUCGAAUAUUUUGAAAUGGAUUUGCGACGAUAUAUUGAUUCAAUUCCUAAGGAUAAGUUAAUGGAUAAAAUCCAGUCAAAGAUAUUUUUAUAUCAAGUAUUGCAAGGCAUUUGCCAUUGCCAUCAGCGUCGCGUUAUGCAUCGCGAUUUAAAGCCACAAAAUUUACUAAUUAAUUCCAAAGGCCUGUUAAAACUUGGAGACUUUGGUCUUGCAAGAGUAUUUGGUGUUCCGAUGCGAGCCUAUACUCAUGAAGUGGUCACUUUAUGGUAUCGAGCACCAGAGAUAAUACUUGGUACUGAUCAUUAUACGUUGGGAGUUGAUAUGUGGAGUAUUGGAUGCAUAUUUGCUGAGAUGGCUUCAAAACAGCCACUUUUUAUGGGUGAUUCAGAAAUCUCGCAAUUGUACUCCAUUUUUCGUGCAUUGUCAACUCCAACGGAAGAAAACUGGCCUGGGGUAACGAAGUUACCUCAUUAUCAGGAGUUAUUUCCUCAGUGGAAGAAAUGUGAACUUGAAAAGCUCCUUGAUAAAUACAUGGACUCUAAUGAUUUGACCAUCUUGAAGGCAAUGCUUUCGUACGAUCCUGCACAACGAAUCUCUGCAAAGCAACUUUUACAGCAUCCUUAUUUCAACGAUAUAGAUCGAUCAAAAUUGGUAGCGUGCGAUUACGCCCCAGUUUUAAACCUCUCUUCUUUGUACCGUCCUAUCUAA